UUCUUUAUCUCCGAGGAGAAGCAAAUUAGCGGGACACAGCCUGCGGAGGGCAGCAAACCACCAGCGUUUGUCCUGGCUCCAAGCUGCCAGCCCGGCCUGGGAAUACAAGUCUAGUAGUGUGAAGUUUCAUUACAGGCAGCUGAUGAGCAGGUUUGACUUGGGGCUGAUCCAAAACAAAAGGUGAUUUCCGCGAGCCGAUAUAAUAAGUGUGGAUUUCCUUCGUUGCGAAAUGCAGAGCCUCUACGUCAAGAGGCUCACCUGCAAGACCCGCCCACUCAACGAGCCCACCAAUCAGCGAAGGCGGCGCUGCAGGUGACCUCCCGUCGCCGUGUUGAAAGACAGUGUCCAUCCAGUGGUGGAGUUGUCCCUGUCCCACAUCUGACUCAGGAUGGCCGCGCGACCAGGGCGGAAGAGGACCGAGCUCUCACACUGCUAUUACGAGGGAUUCCUGGAAAAGAGGUCAUUCAAAGACAAGGCAUCUCGGAAACUGUGGACCUGCCUGUGUGGAAACACUCUUUUCUUUUUCAACAGCAACAAAGACUCCAACUACAUAGAGAAGUUAGACCUCAGUGGCUUCAUCUCGAUAACAGAUGACAACAGCUGGGACCAUAAAGUAGGUGUAGCCAGACUCAGCCUUCGACUGAAAGACGGAGAAUUCAAUUUCACUGCCCCUACCGCUGAGGCUCGUGAGCUUUGGAAGGCGUAUAUCCACUCUGUGGCUGAGUUGUCAGUACCCUCCUCCUGCAACCUGCUGCCUGGUCAGAUCCACGUGCUAAAAGAGACCAUAAAGAGAGAAGGGACAAGAAGACAGACGCUCUCUCCACCUGCUGACUCCAGCCUCUACGUGACCCUCAAACCAGACAUGCCAGCGUGUUACUACCCAGUGUCCCGUAUAGAAGCAGAGGUUAUGUUGGAGAAAUAUGCUGACAAAGGAAACCUCCUGCUGAGGCCCGGCUCCACUGGAAACUCCUUCGCUGUCACUACCAGACAGGACCUUAAUGGACCUAUAGUGAGACACUACCUUGUGAAUCGCAAGCAUGAUGGGGGCUUUACCAUCGAUGUGGAAAAUCCUAUCCCCUGCGCUACACUGCAUGACGUGAUCAACUACUUAGUGGAAAAAACCAGUGGAACUCUGAUUCCUCUCAUCAUGGAGAACGCGUAUGACAGCAACAUCUUAUUUAUUCAUUCCAAUGAAGAAAAUGGAGAGAAAAGUGUUCAGUGUGCCCUAUCAAACCCUGUCCUUUCUCAGACAUUACCUCCUAAACCAGCUCCAAGAAAGCUUAUUCCGUUUUCUAAAGCAGAGCCAGAGCCAGACACAGGAGAGUGUCUGUAUAUGAAUGAAGAUGCAUUGCAAGACAUAAUGAAAGAAGAGGCUGAGCGGCUUUCAUCGUGCACAGAUCUGCCAAAACCUGACAAGCCAAGUCUAAGGCAAGCACUGAUGCCUCCUACUCGUACUGCUGCUCCUCGCUCUUUCCCCGCCUCCUCCUCCACCACAGACAACCCCAGCGGGAAGACGAGGGCUUACUCUCUGCCUUCAGUCCAGCCUGACCAUCGUGUACAAUCAAUAUCAGAGGAGCUCAAAGUGAAAUUUGAAAAGAUUCGGAAGCUUCAAGAGUGACCUCUGCUGGUGGAAACAUGACCAAGCCGUCAUUAGUAAGGAUCUGCCACAGCGACGGCCUCCCGACAGUUCAGAGCCACUCCCAUCGGUCCCUUCCGGCCAGCCUUGAAGGAUGAGCACGGAAUCAAAAAUGCUGUCACUUUGUGAAUACUGCUGGUCUCUGUGAGGCUAAGACCUGGGAUGGGAAUCUGUGGGUACCUCUGGGUGAACUGGGGUGGAGAUGCUCUCCAGUCUCUGCCUUCACUACAUCAUGGCUGAUUCUGCUCCUGGCUGUGUGCCAGCUGUCGGUGAAACCUCUCAGAAGAUAAACAUGUUAUUGAUUUGUCCUCCUAGUAAAGUCAGUGGCAAAUUAACUGUGUGCAAAUAAGGUUGUACAUGUCACAUUACCUUCACCAUGUUUCUCCUGUAGAUUUUGCACUGCGACCUUUACAACAGUUUUUUUUUAAAUUCAGUUGUACCAUAUUAUCUAUAUUUUUUUAUUAUCAUUGGCCGUUGUGUAAAAAAAAACUUUCACUUUUGUAAAGAUAAAUUUGUCUUGCCUUUGUAUUUGUAACUGUAGUCAAUACAUUACUGCCUCUCUAUACUAUAUACCUGAAUUA